AUGCUCCGAGCCGCCGGGACGCCCCCGCCGCGCUGCUCCUGCGCCGUCGCCUCUCCGGCGCGUCCUCCGCUUUUCUCCGGGCUGAGCGGCCGCUUCCCAAGAGCCCUACGGGGGCCUCUGCGGGCGCCUCUACCUUUUCACGAUCCGCUCUGUUUUUUUCUUAAGCGGAGCCCGUUGGCAGCGCAUAGCCUGGCUGAACGGCUGCGGGCUGCGGGGCAGCUUGACGAGUUCCAAGCCGCCGCCUCGGAGAUGGUCUCGCCUACUCCCCGGCCGGGCGCUGCCGGGCUGUCAGCGCUGCGCCGGGCACGGCGGGCCGGGGCAGGGCCCGAGAGCGGAGCGAGCGAGGGGAGGGGAGAGGGCCGAGGCUCAAGGACCGCACACGGAGCGCGCGCACCGCCCGCCGCCCCGCGCCCACUGCCGGCGCGCUCCCGCGCAACCCGUACUUAUCACCUCUGGCGCAGUCCAACUGCCGCCGCGCCGCGGGGGGGUGCCGGGGGAACACAGCCGCUCCUCAGCCGGCCUGUCCCCGCCAAACUUCGCCCUCCGCGCCCGGAGAGCGCGGGCGCUCCGCGUCACCGCAGCCGCGCGCUCGUAUCUCCCGUGUUAUCCCGAGUUCUCCCGGGAUCUUUCCCCCCUUGGGCGCGCUUUGGCUUGGCUCAGAGCUGCGGGCGCAUUUUGUUCAUCCCCUAUUCAGAAAGGCCAUUUACGCUCAAUUCCCCGCGCAAGCACCGUUGCCCGCCCGCCCCUUGCGGCGGCGCCGCCACGCAAACCGCGUACGGGGCCCGUCCAGGGCAGCGGCGCUACGCAAACCGCUACGCAAACCGCUUAGGCCGCCCCUGA